CUACUUAUUACAAUCUGUUGCGUUGAGUCUGCUUUUAAACAUGACGUCACACCCAGUUGUCCGGAGUCCGCCGAGGAAUGCACCUUUAACUUUCGAGUGAACUACAUAAUGACCAUGGUGUCCUAUAACUGGACAAUUGACGAAGGGAACCCAGUCUUUCUCAGAAAUGGAACGUUCAUGAAGAAGACUUCAGAUGCCGAACAUGGAGUGGCCUAUUUUUGUGAAGAAAUGCCGGUUACCUCGGAAGAGAUGGAGGAAGUUGUUACAGCUGACGGGAACUACAGACUCAUGUUUGCCAUUAACAAUCAGUUUCCGGGUCCAACAAUUUCUGUUUAUGAAAAUCAAAGAGUAAAAAUUCAUGUUUACAAUGAUCUUGCGAACGAGGGCGUUACCUUUCACUGGCAUGGAAUGUCCCAGAAUGGUUCUGUCUAUAUGGAUGGCGUCUCCAUGGUUACACAAUGCCCGAUACUUCCCGGGCAGAUGUUUACGUAUUUGUUCACAGCUAAUCCCAAGGGCACACAUUGGUAUCAUGCUCACCACGGUGUUAUGAGGUCGAUGGGCCUUGCAGGUGCUUUUAUUGUUCUUCCUCGUAAAGGAAAUGAGAGAAAUGACGUUCCAAAACCCGAUAAAGACUAUGUUUUUGUGGUGCAAGACUGGUCUUACCCAGAGAGUGAUAUCCAGCUUGUUAAAUAUCAGGAGUGGUACAUGUUACCGUUUGUAAAGAACAUGGAUACCAAUGAUUGUCUUAUGAACAAGCUGACCUAUGACGGGUCUAUCUCAAGCCUGGCUAUGCCGUACAAUAACGCCCUGGUGAACGGAAAAACGAAAUAUUUUUCAGGUGACAGUUCAGAGCUACAGCGUUCUAUCCCACUGGAGAAAUUUAAUGUCGCCUCUAACAGUUACACCAGAUUCCGAGUAAUUAACUCAGGGAUGACUGGAGAGUACAAAAUUUCCAUUGAUGAGCACAAGCUUCUACUGACCGAUACAGACGGCGGUGACCUUGACCCAAUUUAUAUUGACUUCCUCCUCAUUAGUCCCGGGGAAAGCUAUGACGUCAUUUUAUACGCUAAUAACACUCCUGGAAACUACUGGAUACGUGUAGAGACGGUAGAGGUUAUGGAUUACAAUCAUAAUCCAGUGAAACCCAAUGUAAGCUUUGCACAGCUUCAUUACAAUGAAGCAGAAGAUGAACUACCUGACACAGACGAGAGGGAAUGCUCAGAGAGGGAGCCUUGUGUUAUGACCAAUUGCCACUGGAGUAUUAUAUCGAUGGCUAAGUGGGCCCCAUACACGAAAUGUCUAUCAGUAGCGGAUUUAAGGGCAUCGUCACAACAAAGAGAUACAUAUCCUGUUGACGUCCCCACUUCACGUGACGAUUUUCAGGAGAUAUUCCUCAACUUUAAUUUCAGAGGGACUGACAUGAUGCGUCGUCGUCCGGCAGUAAACACAAUUCAUUACAAAAGUCCACCAAUGCCACUUCAGGUAUUUCCCGACCUUGUAGAAGACAGCAGCAUUGUAUGUAAUAACGAUUACAUGGAUAAAUGUGGGGAGUACUGCCGGUGUACUCACGUUGUCAAACUGGAUGCGUGGAAAACAGCGCAACUUGUAUUUACGGCUGAGGUUAAUGUUACCAGAGGUUCAGCUCACCCUAUACAUCUUCACGGAAAUCGUUUCCACGUCAUAAAGUACGGUCUUCCAGUUAUUAACAAAACAACAGGACUAAUUGAAAAGGAAAACCAAGACAUAGAGUAUUUCAAUAACUACAGUAAAGCAAAAUGGAGGAAUUCUAGCUGGGAGUUUGGUAACGUUCCUGAUAUAAACAUUGUGGAUCCGCCCCACAAAGACACGGUGGUGGUGCCAUUUAGGGGCUAUGUUGUUGUCAGACUACAAACAAAUAACCCCGGAUUUUGGUUCAUGCACUGUCACCUUGAUGACCACAUGAGUCUGGGGAUGGACGUAGUUAUACAAAUUGGGGAGCCACACGAGAUGCCAAAACCUCCCCCACAUUUUCCAAGAUGUUGGAAUUUCAAAGCGGAAUCCAAAUCUAAAUCUUCCUCAAAGUCACACUCGAAGAAGAAAUCCAAAUCUGAAAGAGAAAAUGACGACAAUUUCCUACAGCUGCCUGCUGUUCCUGAUAUCACCACCAAAGGACCUGAAGAGAUUCUUCAUGACACUGAUGAUGAUCAUGUCUUGAAAAUACACUACAUGUCGUAUGUUGUAAUGGUGGUAUUCAUGAUGUUUUUCCUCUUCAGUUUCCUUCUCUUGUCCCUGUUUAUCGUCAUCAAACAUUGUAAUUGGACUGGUCCUCUCUUCAGACGCCGAGGAUACACUAAGAUCGAAAGCGAACAGCGAGUUAGAUAUUCAAAAUAAACAAAAAGAUAUAAUUAAUAUGAAUGGUUUGUUUCUAUGUAAGAUGACUCUGUUGAUGCAGUGAUGGGAAAAACAAUCAAUGUUGAAGAAAUAUGAUGGUGUAUUUAAACGUCUCUCUGUAUGU